AUGAUUCAUGAUCAACAAUCGAAGCUUCUUUCAACACAAAAUUCUCUUUCGGAAUCCUUCAAGAGCACCAUCUGCACCAAGGAAUCCAAAUCACCAAGAUCGAGCAAGAAAAGGAGGGUUUCCUUCAACCGCGACGUACUAGUCUGUAAAGACGACAGCUAUUCCCAAGAAGAACGAAAGCAAAUGUACUACACAAGAGAAGAAAUGCGAUCCUUCAUUGGAGCGAUCCGACGAUACCUACAAAGAGUUCAACGGAUCGAGAGUCGGUCGUCUCGAACAUACUCCUCUCCUCUCAUGGCCACAGGCCUAGAAGGUUUUCUUCACCCCGAACACAAGAAGAAGCACCGGCUCCAAGGAGUCCUCGCAGUUCUGAUGGAACAAGAGAGACAAUACAAGGAGCAAGGUCUUUUCACUCCAGUGGACUUUGAUUCCAUGUCUCACUCUUACCACCUGGCAUCGCAAGAGAGUCAAGAUGAAGCCCACCAAAGAGCAUUGACGCAGCACAAGGUGGUAAGCAUGGCUGCCUAA